GGUCAUGUACCAAUUGACACCAUGACGAUCUAAUUUUUCAUUUUCUUCCAAAUGAUCCACCAAUCCCAACUGCCAAACCAACCAUGACUUCCUACACUUCAAACUACCUUCGCUUGCUUUCUUACACUAAGCUCUUGACCUCUCACGUCAACCAAGGCCGACACGAACAAGCCCUCUCUCUCUUCCACCACAUCCACUCUUCUCUUUCUCUUGACCCCUUUGUUUUCCCUCUUGCUCUCAAGUCCUGUGCAGCCCUCAACAGCCCACAACUUGGCACAUCCAUUCACGCGCAUACACACAAGGCAGGUCUAUUGUCAAACUCGUUUGUGGCGUGUGCUCUAGUUGACAUGUAUGGCAAAUGUAUCUCAAUUCUCUCAGCACGCCAAUUGUUUGAUGAAAUUCCUCAAAGAAAUGAUGUGGUUUGGAAUGCAAUGAUUUCGCUAUACACCCAUUCUAAGAAUGUGCCCAAGGCUUUAGAGUUGUUUGAAGUUAUGGAUGUUUUGCCUAAUGAAUCUACUUUUAAUUCAAUUAUAGCAGGUUUCUCAGAGGCAGAGGACGGAGGCUUUAAGGCCAUUGAUUUUUGUAAAGGAAUGCUAGAGUUUGGGUUGAAACCAAAUUUGAUUACGAUUCUUGCUUUAUUACCAGCUUGUGUAGGAAUAGCAUCAUUGAAUUUUAUCAAAGAAAUUCAUGGGUAUUCCAGUAGGAAUGAUAUUGAUCCACACCCGCAGUUGAGGAGUGGACUUGUUGAAGCUUAUGGGCGAUGUGGGUGUCUUGCUAAUGCAAGGUAUGUGUUUCAGAGCAUGAGUGAAAGGGAUGUGGUGGCAUGGAGUAGCUUGAUAUCGGCAUAUGCGCUCCACGGGGAGGCAAGAACUGCGCUUGAUAUUUUUACACAAAUGGAGAAGGCUAAUAUAAAGCCUGAUGGGAUCACAUUUAUUGCAGUCUUGAAAGCUUGUAGUCAUGCUGGACUGGCUGAUGAAGCACGGAUGUACUUUGCUCGAAUGCAUAACCAUUAUGAUGUGGAGGCGAGUAGUGAUCACUAUUCGUGCUUAGUGGAUGUUUUGAGUAGAGCAGGGAGAUUAUACGAGGCAUAUGAGGUCAUAAAAGAAAUGCCGGUGAAGGUGACAGCAAAAGCUUGGGGAGCACUUCUUGGGGCUUGUCGAACAUAUGGAGAGGUGGACCUUGCGGAGAUUGCAGGGAGAGCUUUGUUUGAAGUAGAGCCCAAUAAUCCUGCCAAUUAUGUAUUGUUGGCAAGAAUUUAUGCUACUGCAGGGCGACAUGAGGAAGCUCAGAGAAUGAGAAGAGAAAUGGAGGAGAGAGGAGUCAAGGUAGCCCCUGGAAGUAGCUGGGUGAUAUAUCAAGACUGAUACUGAACAUAAAAUUUACAGAAGCAUCCCAAUCAUCUGUAUUGUUUGCCGUAUAAGAUGGUCAAUACAUAAACAUUGUGAAAAUUGGUUGGAAUGAUUGAGUAGCUAGUGACAGCCAUGGACAUAGAGGAGAAGGUGACUAUCAGCAAAACAGUCUCAUUUAGCCAUUUUGAGCCUUUCAACGUGAAGGAAUCAUAUAGGCUGUCAAUUUCUGGCUUAGGACUCACUGAUCUGCUAUUUAUGAUUUUGGUUCUGGAGUGUUGAGGAUUUGAGUGCAUACGCAAUUUAUGUAAUGGCCGAGGAAAGACUUGUAUUUGCACCAUCAGCCCAGGGUUCAAUGAGAGGCUUCAUGUGCACCUUAAUGCAAAUUCUACCAAAGCUUCUGUUCAUUAAUGUGUCUAAUUCGAAUUCGACGAUCUUUUGCUAAAUUAUUUCAUUUCAUUUUGAUAGAAAAAUUCAUCUAACGAGAUCAGGAGUUUGUCUUUACAUUGGUGUACGAUGUGAAGCAGUGCCUGUUUACAGAUAUGUUUAAACCAUACAAUGUCCUCUUAUGCUUCAUGAAAGUCUGGAUAUGCAUGCCAACAGUAAGGGGGUGGGCAUAUCCUAUACGCUGUCUGCUUAUGCCUAAUAUAAAAGGAAGGAGUGGGCAUGAAGCCGUAGGUUGAAGAUGCAAGUGAUAAAUGGCCUUGUUCUGGCAUGAGAUAGAAGACAUAUCUGUGAUGCUACUAUAUGCAUGGAAGCCACUUGGUAAAGAGGGAAGCCAUUGUUGUGCACAUUCAAAAUCAUCUUAUGUCAUGGCUGAUUAUAGGAGAUGAAGAAAUGAGAAGAGUAAGAACAACAUGGAACU